UCAUCAUCUGAAGACACUUGAAAACACCUGAAGGUGGCUCGUUUGUGUCGGCGCGGAUGAGGACGCUCUCCGCGUUGAGCGCACUCGGCUUUUUUUUUUUUUUUUUUUAAUUUUCCCCCCCAUCACCGUCUCCCGGUGCGAGUCAGCAAUCACGAGUCGUCUCCAAACGUGGUCCAGGCGAGCCGUCGGAAUGUGGACAUCAAACUCAAAGUUGGGUGCUGAAUCCCGCUGCUGUGUUGAAGCUGAAUCUGCCGCCGUGCUCAACAGGAAGAGCCUGGACUACUGCGAAUCCACCCUGACAAGCGGUUUCUAAAAUAGCGCUUUUUUUUUGUUUAAAGACCAUGAAAAGAUUUUUUCUAAAUGCGUGCAACCAGCAUUUUUGUACCAGCUGCAUAAACAUUCAGCUUUAAUAUCAGUCACAUUUUCAAGAUGGAUUACUUGAUCGCAGCGCAGCUAUCUCUGCUGCACAGGACAGUGUCAAACAUCAGCUUAGUGUUGGAGCAGAUGGUCCCUGUGCUGGACAAUAUGACCCCAGCUCCUGUGACACAGAACUGUUCCAACUGCAGCGAGGCUUUAGUCCCAGAGCUCAACGUGGUCAAGGCUGUGGUUCUGGGCCCGGUGCUUGGUGCCAUCAUUGCGUUUGGAAUUGUUGGAAACAUCCUGGUAAUCCUCUCUGUCGUUUGUCAUCGACACCUGCGGACAGUCACACAUUAUUUGAUAGUUAACCUGGCAGUGGCAGAUUUGCUGCUGAGCUCCACUGUGCUGCCUUUCUCUGCCAUUUUAGAGAUCGUGGAUCGCUGGAUGUUUGGACGGGUCUUUUGCAAUGUUUGGGCAGCUGUGGAUGUGCUCUGCUGCACUGCCUCCAUCAUGAGCCUCUGUGUGAUCUCUGUCGACCGCUACAUCGGAGUCAGUUACCCUUUGCGUUACCCAACGAUAAUGACAAAACGCCGGGCGCUGCUGGCAGUGGCGCUGCUGUGGGUGCUGUCCAUCAUCAUAUCCAUUGGACCUCUGUUUGGCUGGAAAGAGCCGGCACCUGAGGACGAGUCCAUCUGCAAGAUCACAGAGGAGCCGGGCUAUGCUAUUUUCUCUGCCGUGGGCUCUUUCUACCUCCCUCUGGCCAUCAUACUGGCCAUGUACUGCCGGGUCUAUGUGGUGGCUCACAGAGAGAGCCAGGGCCGGAGGGAGGGCCACAAGACAGAGAAGUCUGACUCAGAGAAGGUUAUACUCAGGAUACACAGAGGAAACACAGCGGUAGCGGAGGAUGAGGCCCUCCGCUGCCGCACACAUUUCGCCCUACGACUGCUCAAGUUCUCACGAGAGAAGAAAGCCGCCAAGACUUUGGGCAUUGUGGUUGGCUGCUUUAUUUUGUGCUGGCUGCCCUUCUUCCUGGUGCUACCUAUCAGCUCCAUUUUCCCCGCAUACAGGCCUUCAGACACCGUCUUCAAGAUCACCUUCUGGCUUGGUUAUUUUAACAGCUGCAUCAACCCCAUCAUCUACCCCUGCUCCAACCAGGAGUUUAAAAAAGCUUUCCAGAGUUUACUCGGAGCUAACUGUCUGAGAAAGAACCUUAGGCCUCACCACCACAAUCUGAAUGCAGUUCAGAAUCAAACUCAGGGUCACAGCCAGCCCCUCAACCUGGGCCUGGACAGCAGGGGGGGUCCCUGUCGACUCAGCCCUUCCUCCUCUGUUGCCCUGUCCAGGACACCUUCCUCCAGGGACAGCAGGGAGUGGAGGGGGGUCUUUUCUGCCGGCUCUACAAGUGGAUCGGGACCGUCCGAGGGCCGCAGGGCCAAAGUGGCCAAACUUUGCAGCAAAAGCUUCCACCGAACCUGCUGCUGCAUCCUCAGCAGUGGGACUCCCCCGCAGGAGCCCAACUCCACCCAGCCCCCACCUGUCGGAAACCUGCCCACCAUUAAAAUCCACCAACUGUCCCUGUCGGAAAAAGGAGAGCCUGUAUAACUACUGUAAUCCUUCAUCCAUUAGUCAUGACUCCCCUUCCAAGGUCACUGAUGAGAAUAUAUUUUCCUUUUAGCUGUUUACAUCACUAAAUAUGAGCUGUGUUGGAAAGAUGGCUUGUUUGAAAUUAAAAAUGUCUCAGUUUUGAUAGAAUUCUGUGCUUUUUCUGGAUUGAAGCGUGAAAGAAACAUCCCAGCCAUCAUAUUUAACCCUUUCAGGAAGAUGGCUUUCUAGCUUCCUUAACACAACCUGCUGCAGUCCAUCCAGUGGUCAUCAAUGUUUGGAAGACAAGAAAAGAUGCUGUAACAGCAACAACAACUGGAGGUGAACCAAAAAAGAUAAAACUAAAAAAUGAAUCCUAAUGUUUACAUAUUUUAUAUCCCAGAAAGGCAGUUCAAAUGUAUAAAAGUGCAAAGAAGGAAAGAUUUAUAUAUUGCAUGAUUUCACCACAUGUUUCAAAAAUGCUGGUCAGUGGUGCUCCUGUUGUCCAAAGUUUGCCUAAUGCUGUUCCUGCUGACAAAUUGUUGUGUGUGUGUGUACUGCUGUGUACACAGUG